CCGCGACACAAGCGAACGAGACAGAGAGAGAGGUGGGGCGAGGCAGAGCGGGGAGCGACUCUGAGCGCGCGCGGGGGCGAAUCGCCGGCGACGGAGAAAGCUCGGCUCCGGCCAGCCGUGCGGCGGCGGAGAUGGCGCCCUCCGCGCCCCCGCUCCUCUCCCGCCGGCUCCUGGCCCUGACCCUCGCCCUCGCCGCCCUCGUUUCCCCCGCCUCCGCGGCCAGGAAGAUCCCGGCCUCCGUCACCCCGAUCUCGCGGGACCUCUACCGCCCCAGUGAUACCCUUCUGAGUGAGAUCAAGGCCCUGGUUGCUCGGAAUCCGGAUAGGUUGACUAUGGAUACAUUAAGAGCUGGUAACAAAGGGUAUUCUGCGGAGAUGUUCGUUGUUACUUUUAAUCAUGUGAAGAAAACCGCACAUGAUGGCUCGAAGAUUAAAAUCCUUCUGAGCUUUGGGCAGCAUGGCAGAGAACUUAUCACCUCUGAACUUGCAUUAAGUCUGCUCUACAUUUUGACGGAGAAGCGCAAAAUUGCGGGUGUGGAUCUAUCAUCCUUUGAGAAAAUUCUGGAGCAUCUUGUUAUCAAAGUGGUGCCAAUGGAAAAUUUUAAUGGCCGCAAGCGCGUUGAAGCAGGGGAGAUUUGUGAUAGGAGAAAUGGAAGAGGGGUUGAUCUUAACAGAAAUUGGAGUGUUGAUUGGGGAAAGAAGGAAAAGGAUUAUAACCCAUUUGAGGAGCAUCCCGGUACUGCUCCUUUCAGCGAACCUGAGGCCCAGAUCAUGCAAGAACUAUCCAAGUCAUUUAAACCACAUAUCUGGGUGAAUGUGCAUUCUGGAAUGGAGGCAUUAUUUAUGCCAUAUGACCACAAGAAUACUACACCAGAUGGAGCUCCUUCUCACUUGAUGAGGUCAGUUUUAGAGAAUGUGAACCAUCGCAAUUUCCAAGACAGCUGCCUAGUUGGAUCAGGUGGUGGAGCUGUAGGGUACCUUGCACAUGGGACUACAACUGAUUAUCUGUAUGACAUUGCGAAGGUGCCAAUGCCUUUCACAUUUGAGAUAUAUGGAGAUGAGAAGGCAUCCACCGAGGAUUGCUUCAAAAUGUUCAACCCUGUCGACAAGAUAACAUUUGAUAGAGUCAUUAACAAGUGGUGCAUGGCAUUUCUCAUACUUUUCGAGGAAGGGCUGCGGACCCUACCUGAUGGCCAGGUACUAUCCCAAGGAGCACUGGAUAACUGGGUCCCUAUGGGAGGAGAGAUUUUGGAGAGAAAUAUGGACCAAAAGAGCGGCGGUGAAAAUGGGAAGCUUGAAGGCCUUGACCUCGGAAUGCAGGAGCUAAAAACCUACUUCAGGUUAUUUAUGCUAUCGACAUUCCUGCUGAUGUUCAUGUUCUGCUCGAGGAUAUCGAAAAACAGGAGCAGAGACUCAGAUGAACAAAGUAUAGCAUGAAUCAUUCCAACAAAAGUCCAUUUUCUGGGGCAACUUUGGAGGCGCGGCGACAGGGGAUGACAAGAAUGGUAGAAUCAGAAUGGUGUUUUGCAGCCUCUGCUUAGAUGCUAGAUGUAUGUCAAGAGUGAUCUGUUUAUGUCUUCGACGAGUCAUAAAUGUAAGUUGUAGAGCUGUCGAUAUCUGUUUGUCGUGAUGAAUAGGUAGAAUCAGAAUGAAUAUGCGCGCCUUUUGAAGGUUGCUGGUUUUUUGACACGAUUGAAUGUAACGUUCAGUCGUCAACUUACUGUGAUACGACUGAGUGUAGCAUUUCACUGUGGACUUACUUUGACAUGAUUGAAUGUAAUAUUCCAUUACCAACA